GAGAGAGAGAGAGAGAGAGGAGCGGAGUUAAUGGAGAGGGCUACAACUGCGCACAAACAGAGAUUUGAUCAGUGAGUUUAACUUGCUGGUGCCGGUCAGUGUGCAGUGAAGCCAUUCACUGCAAACAAGCCCUGCGCCCCGCACCGAGCCUCCACUAACUUGUUGAGCUGGGGCUGAAAACACUGACGUUUUUCUGAGAGGAAGAAGUUCAGGAACUCUGCGUGAGGCUGGAUUCCAUUUUGGACGUUAUUUAUAUGACAACACCUUUGUUGCAUUUGUAAUGUGGGGUGAUCAGAAGCAAGCGCGGAACCUGUGGAUUUAACCCCCCAAAAAGAAACACGGAUUUGGGACUGAUUAUUUCUUAUCUUGUGACUUGUAUCGCGUUGCUUCGGCGUGCAUGAACAUUUGCUGAAGAAGAAGAAGAAGAAGAAGAAGAAAAAAUUAAAAAUUAAAACACAGAGCGAAAAGCGAUGGAAGUAAGUGCGGAUCAGCCACGAUGGAUGAGCCAUCAUCCCGCGGUGUUGAACGAGCAGCAUCCCGGCUCACAUCACCCGGGCCUCAGCCACUCAUACAUGGACCCUUCGCAGUAUCCCCUCGCUGACGAUGUGGAUGUACUCUUUAAUAUCGAUGGACAGGGGAACCACGUCUCUCCAUACUAUGGAAACUCUGUCCGAGCCGUCCAGAGGUACCCUCCUCCUCCACACAGUAGCCAGGUGUGCCGUCCCUCAUUACUGCACGGCUCUCUGCCCUGGCUGGAGGGGAGCAAAGGCAUCGCCCCGCACCACAGCACUUCUCCCUGGAACCUGAGCCCCUUCCCUAAGAACCCCCUGCACCACGGCUCCCCGGCAAGCCUGUCCGUCUACCCCCCGGCCUCCUCCUCCUCCCUGUCCACCGGUCACUCCAGUCCGCACCUCUUCACGUUUCCCCCGACCCCUCCGAAAGACGUAUCCCCGGACCCAGGCAUAUCCACCCCGGGCUCCAGCAGCUCCGGGCGGCAGGAGGAUAAAGAGUGCAUAAAGUACCAGGUGACCCUGGCCGAGAGUAUGAAACUGGAGUCAGCUCACAGCAGGAGCGUGGCAUCAAUCGGAGCAGGGUCAUCCUCUGCCCACCACCCCAUCGCCACAUACCCACCCUAUGUCCCUGAAUACGGCCCAGGCCUCUUCCCACCAAGUAGCCUGAUAGGUGGGUCAUCUUCUAGUUAUGGUUCCAAAACAAGACCAAAAACAAGGUCCUGUUCAGAAGGUAGAGAGUGUGUGAACUGCGGGGCCACGUCGACUCCGCUGUGGAGGCGGGACGGUACGGGUCACUAUCUGUGUAACGCCUGCGGACUCUAUCACAAGAUGAACGGGCAGAAUCGCCCUCUCAUCAAACCCAAGCGGCGGCUGUCCGCAGCCAGGCGGGCAGGGACGUCAUGUGCGAACUGUCAGACGACAACGACGACGCUGUGGCGGAGAAACGCCAACGGGGACCCGGUGUGUAACGCCUGCGGCCUCUACUUUAAACUGCACAAUAUCAACCGACCUCUGACCAUGAAGAAGGAAGGCAUCCAGACCAGGAACAGGAAGAUGUCCAGCAAGUCCAAGAAGAGCAAAAAGUCCCAAGACAACAUGGAAGACUUCUCCAAGAGCCUGAUGGACAAGAGCAGCUCCUUCAGCCCGGCUGCCCUGUCCCGCCACAUGUCGUCCUUCCCUCCCUUCUCGCACUCCAGCCACAUGCUGACCACCCCGACACCCAUGCACCCUUCCUCGAGCCUCCCCUUCGCCCCCCACCACCCUUCCAGUAUGGUCACAGCCAUGGGUUAGACGUCCCCGUGCUGCAGCGCCCCUGAACCCUCGGCCUCGCCACCCACCACCACCGCCACCCACCACCACCAUCACCACCGCCGCCGCCACCGCCACCGCCACCACCGCCCCUCGGUACCUCUGCUGACCUGCUUCCAUAUCCUAAAAGACAAACAGACUGCUCCUCGGCCCGACCUACGCUCCCCCCGUCUCACCACCGAGCGAGCCGCGGUGCGAGAGCGACAGGCUUUCGGCUCCUUUGCCCUCAGUUGUAUCUUAUUUUUAUAAAAAUCAAAGCGUACCUCUGCGAUGUGAAUGCUUUGCAGACUUGACCUGACUGUGGCGCACUGACCUUUAAUGAAGACUUUUUAAUUAAGUAAGAAAAAAAAAAAGGAAAUAUGCCCUUGGGCAGCUAAUGACGAGAAGGGUACGAGUCACAGCAGGUGGAGAGACUUGCCGCCGGAGGAGCGAGGAGAGGACGCCUCCGAGGA